AUGCCUCACGACGUCCUCGAGAUGGACGGCUACGAGUCCCUCGAGUCCAUCGGCUCAGGAUCGUUUGGACUGAUUCGCAAAGUCAGAAGAAGGGCCGACGGCAAGAUCUUGGCAAGGAAGGAAAUCGACUAUCGUAAAAUGACGACCAAGGAAAAGGAACAACUGGUAGCUGAAGUCAACAUCCUCAAGGAUCUCAAACACCCCAACAUUGUCCAGUUUCUGGAACGAGUCAUCGACCGGGAACAUUGCUUCAUCUACAUCCUCAUGGAGUACUGCGAGGGCGGCGAUCUUGCCGCGGUUAUCAAGCGCCACAGAGAGAGUUCGACGCCUAUACCCGAAGAGUUUGUCUGGAAUAUUAUGGUCCAGCUGAUUAUGGCCUUGCAUGAGUGCCACCAUGGAACAACGACAAACGAGGAGACUCACCAGGUCACCCCGCGACCUAUCCUUCACAGAGACUUGAAACCGGAUAAUGUGUUUCUGGAUGGCAAGCACAAUGUUAAACUAGGCGACUUUGGACUCUCACGAUCUCUCACUAACCCACAGAAGGCCUUUGCGCAAACCUACGUCGGGACCCCAUUCUACAUGUCGCCAGAACUGAUCGGCGAGUUCACAUAUGAUGCCAAGUCUGACAUUUGGUCCCUGGGCUGUGUCAUAUACGAGUUGUGCGCUCUGCAGCCACCCUUCUUGGCUGAUACUCAGGCACAACUUUCCGCAAGGAUCAAAGAAGGCAGGGUUCAAUCACUACCAGGAAACUACACACAGGAACUGAACCAGAUCGUGAAGUGGAUGCUUCAAGUCAACUCACGGAAGCGACCUACAACAAAGGAGCUGCUCAACGACUCUCAGAUCAAAAAAGUCCAGAGAGGUUUGGAACUGACGCGCAGGACUGAGGAUUUGCAAGUGAGGGCACAAUUGCAAGCAACGAGAGAGGCUGACAUUGCUGAGAAGGAAGCACAGUUAUCGCGGGUGGAACGGGAUAUGCGGGCUAAGGAUCAGACUCAACGAGAGCGAGAGACGGCUCAAAACGCGAGGGAAGAGACAUUACGGAACGCAGAGGAGGUAUUACGAAGCAGGGAAGCGUACCUUUUUAGCUGGGAGCAGAAAUUAAUCAAGGAGCAGCAGCUUCUGGAGGAGAAAUACCGAACACUACAGGAGCAGGAGAAGGCACUUGUUCUUGCUUCACGGAAAAGUCUCUCGAGUGGCUCGUUUUCGACCGAGGCGAUGAUGAUUGACAGCAAGAGCACCUUCGACCUACACUCCGCCGCGACGACUUCUUCCAACUCGACUGCUAUGGACACCAACGGCACGAACGGCAUUGUGAACAAGUAUACACGGUCGACAGGGCACACAUCCAAGCCCACAUUAUUCGCUACGAACCACAAGACUACCGUACCCACAUCCAAUUCGUAUCCGGCUUCCGCGCUUUCGGCAUCAGUAAACUCAGCCCCCAAAGGAACAAUGGAGAACACAACGCUGGCAGGCGAGGUGGGUGGUACGACACGAGCAGCGCCACGACGCAAAACGGGACUCAACGUCGGUCGCCAUUCUCUACAAACCACGAACGCCUCUCGCACAAGGACCUCGAGUGGACUCAAUGGUACUGGGACGACAUCACACACAGGCAGCGUCGACACACAGGAAAAGGGCGGUUUGUUCUCUGGUGGACAGACUUCAAACAACCCGGUCAUCACGCAACCAAGACCCAGCUCCGUCUUUGCGUCCUUGUCUUCUAUUGACAACACGUCGAAUCCAUCGAAGCAGUAUCAGGGUCAAUCAUAUACCUUCCACCACGGCGUUGCAGGCAAGGAGUCGAGGCUUUCGGGACGGCCCAGUCUUGCGGGAAACACAGGAUCGGAUGCGCCAAGGUUACGAGCCAAAGCCAAGUCUACUUCCACAUUAAUCGCAACGUUGUCGUCGACCACAUUAUCGGGAGCAGGAGCAGCAACAUCAGCCGCACCACCGACAUCAUCUGGCAACACCGCAGGCAAUCACACAAACAACCCUUUCUUUGUUUCAGACACUGGAAAAUCUACAACCAUCACCACCCUUCCUACCGCGACGACGACGACCACCGCCAGCUCGGCCGCGGACCAAUCUCAAUCUAAUAUUACCUUUGGCAACAACUCCAACGCGACAUUCUACUUUACACCGUCCGUCACUCUUUCGUCCAUCCGCAUGCCUCCACACGACUUGAAUUCAGAGUUGUCGGAUGUGCAAAUGGGCGAGUCUGCUGCGGAGCCACCAACGACAGCAUCUUCAUCGUCCACGACAACGACAAGACUUUCGUCAGGCACACCGUCAACUGUCAAUGGGCAUUUGAGAACUGGUACCUCGCAGACCAAUGGAGUUUCUUCUGUCUCUUCCUCGUCAGCAGCAUCAGGAGCAACGGUGGUUACUGCAAGUUCUGCAGCCUCGUCGUCAUCGGCGGUCAUGUCAGCACCACAACAGGCGUUCACGUCGCGGCGAUCGAAUACCUCGGGCAUCGCCGCGUCCAUGGGCCUCAUCCGAUUCCAACAGCAGCAAUCUGGAGGUUCUCCAGCAGUGACGAAUGGCGCUACGACGGUGACGAUAUCAACACCGGCAAUCGGCACAUCUACAUCACAAGCGACGGCGUCUACAUCCUCUGCUGCUACUGACUCGGCGGCUGGAGGAGCGCUUGAUACCAACAACUUGACCACGACGCCGGUCAAGUUCCAUAUUGGUAGUGGCAGAGGUGGGGGAGGUGGCGGUAGUGGCAAUGGUGAAAGACCUCAUACUUUGGGAUCUGACAGGUUCUCGCGGGAUAGGACGCCACCGCCCAAUAACAUUAAUCGCUAUCAUAAUCAUCAUCACCAAUCCCAACAUCAUCAACAACUCCAGCAGCAGCAGCAGCAGAAACAACAGCAGCAGCAGCAGCAGGGAGGAGGUUUUUACCGGGACGAUGACAAUGACUUGCGGAUGGAGUGGGAUGGCGACAUCCCGAGCCCGUUUAUUAAGAAGACGUAUAACCGGCCAUUGGGCGGUGCCAGUGGUGGUGGUGGUGGUGGUGGUGUAAUAUCGUCUUCAGCUCCACGUAAUCUUUAA